CAUCUUCGACCGCGCUCGCCCACACCAACCCUCCUCCAUGGCAGAGCCCAAGACCCCGCCAACCGCGGCGGCGGGAGCUGGGCCUGCUGCUGCUGCAUCUGUAAGUCGGCGACUAAGGACAACACUAAGAAAGAAGAAGUGGAAGAGGGAAAAAACCAAACUUGACGUCUUGGCUGCGAUCUAACGCUCCGACGGGUGAACGAGUGAAUGAAUGAGAAUGGCUCUGCUAAACGCGUGCGACCGCAGACGGCGACCGCUCCUCCCUCAGCAGCCGCCCCUCCCAGCACGUACAAAGCCCCGACCGCGAACCCGGCGCUGCGCAUGAUGGGCAUCCCGGGGCUGCCGAAGAAGCUGCCGUCGCGGAACUGGCUCAUCUUCUUCGCGGUCGCGGGCUCCUUCACCGCCGCGGUCGUCUACGACAAGCGUGAGAAGCGUCGCGCGACUGCGCGCUGGUCGCGCGCCGUCGCCCACCUCGCGCGCGAGCCCGUCGCCGACCCGAACCAGCUCCCGCGCAAGCUCGCCGUCUUCCUCGAGUCGCCCCCCGGCGACGGCCUGCGCGUCGCCCAGGACCACUUCACCGAGUACGUCAAGCCCGUCCUCGCCGCCUCCGGCCUCGACUGGGAGUUCGUCCAGGGCCGCAAGGAGGGCGACAUCCGCGCCGCCGUCGCCGAGCGGAUACGCCGCGCCCGCCAGCCCGAAGCCGCCGCCGCCGCCGCCGCUAAGACCCAGGACGAGAUCGUGCAGAGCGUGCGCCGCAAGAACGCCACCCCCGAAUGGCAGGGCCUCCGCGGCGACAUCGUCGUCGGCCGGCACACGUGGAAGGAGUACGUGCGGGGCUUGCACGAGGGCUGGCUCGGCCCGCUCGUCGCGCCGGAACCGGAACCGAAACCGAACGCGGCCGCGGCUGGCCCCGCCGAGGGCGAGGAGAAGACGGAGGAGGGCCCGAAGCCCGAAGAGAAGCCGGAGCGGCCGCCGCAGCCGCCCCCGUACAACACGACGGACGACUACCCGACGUCAGCGCUGCCACGGCUCAUCCCGGCCGAGUUCUCGCCGUCGGCGCCCGUCGAGUUCCCGCACAUCCUCGGCUUCUCCAACACGCUGAUCCGGCUGCGGCGCUUCCUCAACCGCCGGCGGCUCGCCGACGACAUCGGGCGCGAGGUGGCGGCCGUGUGCCUGGCGGCGGCCGUGCGCGAGUACCGCGACGGCGACGGCGACGGCGGCGCCGCCGCGGACGGGCAGCCGUCCGAGCAGGAGGCCGCGCUCGCCCACGAGGAGAAGAACUGGGUCAAGUCGGUGUGGAAGGCGCCGGACGCGCCCCGGGAGCCGAAGAAGAAGACAGAGGGCGAAGGUGACGCAGCAACCGCGGUCGCGGCCCGGCCGGCGGAGCGCAUCUGGGCCAGCCCGAUGGUGCUCGACCCGCGGAUCGCCAUGCGCAUGCGGCGGUUCGAGCUGCGGGGCGAGGACGAGGAGCGCGCGCGCGCCAUCGAGGUCCCCGAGGAGGAGGUCGAGGGCUGGAUCAAGGGCAGCCUGCGCGGGCUGUACCGCUGGGCGGUCACGAAGCCGGCGCCGAACCCGUCGUGGCCGGACGAAGACUGAGCCCGGCCGGUAGUCUCACUGGUGUCACGGCACCAAGGGCCGUCGACGCGAUCACGUACUCCCGUAUAUCCCGAAAUAUAUGCGCGCCAGCGAGGCAUGAAGAGAGAGGAGGAGAGGGGGACCGUGUAGAAUUACGUGUAACGAUACCUCCUCCCUACCAUUCUGUUACUUCUUCCACCCUCCGUGUACUAUACCAUAUUACACCAUACCACACUACACCAUAACUCACCACGCAUCCCCCCAAGGCUCAGCAUGGCAUGGCGCACACGCGUACACUACGCAUUGGAUUCUGCCGCCCUACGGACAUAGACUGAAUUUUCUUUUCUUCUUCGCAUAUGCCGAAA